AUCCGAAGACACAUCCUAAAGAGAGAGAGAGAGGCGAAAAAAAGAAAGAGAGAAAUGGGGGUGAAGGUUUAUGGUGUGGCGCGUUCGACAUGCACAACUAGGGUGCUAGUGUGCUUGGAGGAGAAGGGGGUCGACUAUGAGCUCGUGCCUGUUAACAUGGCCGCUGGUGCCCAUAAGCAGCAGCCUUUUCUCUCUCUUAAUCCUUUUGGUCAGAUUCCUGCAUUUGAAGAUGGAGAUCUCAAGCUUUUUGAGUCUAGGGCUAUCUCAAAGUACGUGGCACACAGGUACAAGGACAUUGGGACAGACUUGCUAGGCACCAGCCCGGCUGAGACGUACUCAGUCGGAGUCUGGCUGGAAGUUGAGGCUCACCAAUUCAACCCGGCCAUCCAGCCCAUGGUCUAUGAGUUAUUGGUCAAGCCAUCCAGGGGAGGGACGCCGGAUGCAGCCUUGGUCGAGGCCCAGGCCGCGAAGCUGGGCAAGGUGCUCGACGUCUAUGAGGAAGUCUUGGCGAAGAGGAAGUACUUGGCUGGCGAUGUCUUCUCCCUUGCUGAUCUGCACCAUCUUCCUUGCGCUCACUACAUUAUGCUCACCCCUUAUGCCUCCCUCAUUGCUUCGCGCAAACAUGUGAAUGCCUGGUGGGAGGACAUCUCUUCGCGCCCCGCCUGGAAAAAGGUCUCGGCCUGCAUGAAGUUUUGAAGAAGUGUGGGUGUUUGUGUGUGUGUGUCUGUGUGCGUGUAUGUAUGUGUGUGCAUAUGCAUGCACAAACACGUAUGUGGAGCAUGUCAUGCAUAUGCACUUGCAUCUUUCAAUAAUUGUACUUCCUUAGUUCUAUGUGGCUAAGCAAGUGGUAUGCUUAAUUGGAAUAAGAAAGUGCAUUUUCUUGCACCAAA